UCCGGCUGUGGGGGGUGCAGCUCGGUUUCCGGCUGUCCGUUUCCGGUGUUUUUGCCAUGGUGCUGCGGGGGGUUCGGGGGUCCCGGUUGGAACCGGAACCGGCUGCUUAUUUACAACGGGAGUCACAAGGAGAUGGGGAGGAGCCAGAGGGACCCGGCGCUCCAUAGAGACUCACUGAGCCCCAUAGAGCCCCACAGUGAGGCUAUAAGGGUACGCAGCUUCAUUUUGGGGCCAAAUCCAGAGGGGACAGGAAGUAUCACCCCCAACUUGUGGAGCGGAGACAUGUGAAGGGAGUAGGAGGUGUUGGAACACGCCCCACAGCUGGAGACACAGCGGAGAGGACAGCUGAUCACCAUGAAGACCACCCCCCACUGUCUUGCCUUCUCCACCCUCCUCCUCUUCAACCAUCUCCCCACCAUCUUCCCCCAUUGCCACCGUGCCGUUGGCAAAUCCUGCCACGUUCCCCCCGUCCCUGGCACCGACAUUCUGGGUUCAGGUCUGGAUGUCACCACCAUGUCCCUCACUGAGGGCCAAGUGUUGGCCAUCACCAAACCCCGCAGCAGGCACUGCACUGUCUGCGUGGACCGUCUCCAUAAAGGACGGUCCCUUCUCCUCUACAAUGGCAUCAGCAAGUGGCGAGCAGGGAGUAAGUGCCAGCAGAGGUCCUUGCUGGCCACUGGCAGCCAGUCCAUGAGGGAUCUGGUGGCUCAGACAGAGAAGAUAGCACAAAAUUGGAAAGUGGGGCUGGGGGCAGCCCUCAGCCCGGGGGUGGGGGUCACCCUGGCCAUGGCUGGGUCCCACUCACGGGUGGCAGAGUUCGGGAUGCAGAAGGAGCAGGAGGACCACUACUCAUUCUCCAGCACUGAGAUGCGCUGCGUGCAUUACUGGAUCUCAGCUUCACACAAACCCAGACCAUCACCCCACUUCCUCCGUGCUGUUCGAUCCCUCCCACCCCACUUCACCCCCACCACUGCCCCAGAUUAUGCUGACCUUUUGGCUGCGUAUGGCACCCACUACAUCCACUCAGCCCAGCUGGGUGGCCUCCUCCGCUCCAUCACCGCCAUCCGUUUGUGCCGCGCUGCCAUGAUGGGCGCCGGCACCCAAGAAGUGGCCGAUUGUUUGCGUGCAGAAAUGACUGCCAACAUGAAGUCAGUCAAGCUCAGUGCCAUGUCCAGCGCGUGUCGCAAAGCCAGAUCCAACAAUAGUGCCCACAGUGCCUUCAAUCAGCUCUUCAAUGAACGGAUGGUGGAGGUGGAAGGUGGUGAGCAACACGGCGACCUCCUCUACGGUGCACCGGAGAACUAUGCCACGUGGUUGAGCUCCCUGCAACGCCUGCCUGGGUUGGUCGCCUCCAGCGUCAGGCCCCUGCACACCUUGCUGCCCCGCCAGGAUCCGCGCCAGGCAGCACUGAAGGCGGCCAUUGGUCACUACAUCGCAUGGCGAGCACUGAGGGCAAACUGCAGCCAGCAGUGUGCUGGUCGUGGUACGAUCGGGUUGUGUCAGUGCGGGUGUGCAGCUAACAAUGUGGUCAAUGCCGACUGCUGCUCCAAACACCGCGGGAUGGCACAUGUGACAGUGACAGUGUUGGAGGGCAGCGGGUGGCACGGUGACACUUUCACUGCAACUGAUGCAUAUGUGCUGUUGUACUUCAAUGGUCACCGUGUACAGACAGCAACAGUGUGGAACAACAAUAAGCCCAAGUGGGGCGCACAGUUUGAUUUGGGGUGGGUGAUACUACACCCGCACCAAAAGAUGAAGGUGGAGGUGUGGGAUCAGGAUAACGGGUGGGAUGACGACCGCUUAGGAGUGUGCGAAUUACCGGUGCAGGCCACAGGCAGACAGCAACACAAUGUUGUGUGUUUUCCGGGAGGUGGUCACCUGAAGUUCAGCUACAGUGCAAUGUGUGGGCCAAGUCUGGGGGGUUCUCAAUGUUCAGAGUACAUUCCACAGCCCCCAAAAAGUCAGGGGGGGCUCUAUAGGUUGUCACAGUGGCCACCGAAGUCUGGAGUUGGUGGUCCUGUGGCAUGGCCACAGCCUAAGGAGGGAGAGGAGGAGGAUGAUGAAGAGAGUGAGGGGGAGAAUUUUUGGGAGGCAUCGGGGGUUUCUGAGGACAAUUGGAAAAUGGUUGAGGAUGAGGACCACCAAAAUCCAUUACCAGGACUCCAAAAUCCAUCAUUCAACCCUUGGAAUCUAUCAGUGGGUCUCAAGAAGGAUCCAGAUCCACAGAUUCCAUUUCCACACUAUGGGGCAGCUCCUCCAUCCCCAUAACAUCCACCCUUCAUCUUGAUGGUGGAGUCACACAUGGAGGCCUUUGGUCCUCCUGCCCCAGCUCCUGCCCCGCAAGUUCUGGUGUCCCCCCCCUCCAUUAUAGUGUGAUCCAUUGGACUUAUACAUUUCCCUCAUCUCCACAGCUACAGGCAGGAUUAAAUGCUUUUUGCUGCAGCAUUA